CGCAGGUCAGCCGGGAGGAGCUGGAUGUCCCCCUGGAUCUUCACACAGCAGCUUCCAUUGGCCAAUAUGAGGUGGUGAAGGAAUGUGUGCAGCGGUAAGAGGUCCUGGGGAGCGUCCCUUUGCCUCACAUUUUUAGUAACACCUCCAUGGCUUCAGAGCCCAUGAGACAGGCCUUGCACAUAGUUGUAGACAUCUGAUACUCAUGAGAUGGGCCAGCCCUGCUAGUUGGACCCAUUCUCAGUGGAGACUUAUGCUGAGAACAUAAGAACAAAGAAGCCAGUUUUGCUGGGUGUGAUGGCACAUGACUGUAAUCCCUGCUACUCUGGAGACUGAGGCAGGAGGAUCACAAGUUCUAUCUAGUCCACAUGGGCUACAUACCGAGACCUCGUAUCAACAAUAAAAAGGUUGGGGAUGUUGCUCAGCAACAGCACUUGCCUAGCAUGUGCAAAGUCCUGUGUACAAUAUGUAGCCCUCGCAACACACCAAAAAAAAAAACCAAAACACUUUUGAUCUCAAGGCAGAAGAUCUUUUUUCCCUGCAGUUCUGGGAAUGGAACCCAGGGCCUCACACAUGCUAGGCCAGUACUGUACCACUGAGUUCAAUCUCCAGGCCCUAGAUAAUACAAACUUUAUCAUAGGUUCUCUUUUUAUCAUAGGCUUAUAAACAUUAAUUCAUCCUUUAACCAGUGUAAUUUUAGGCAUUUACUGACUGCAGACCCCUCAACCAGUAGUGAAGAGAGAAAACAGUGCCCUUUCGCCUUCUUUGCCCAGAGUUCAUUCUUAUCACCUGGGACCGCAUCUCCCCUCAGCUUCUGCACAGAAGAGAGAUGUUAGGCUUUUGGCUCUUCUUAGAGGGUAACCUCCUGACCUCAUGGUCUACCUGCCAGAGUUACUAAUCUGUAUACUAGUAUUUAGUCCCAGUACCACAAAAAGCCAUGGCAGGGCCCUGGGCCAUAUUCUACUUAGAGUAUAGUGUGAUUCUUACAGUAAUUUUGGGAGCCGACUUUGUGUCCAGCCCCUCGUGUUUCACCCUACUUUACACUUACUGUUUACCAUUUCUUAUUUGGUAACAUAUCUGUCCACAUCUCUGAUGCCUUCUCUAGUUCCUGGUGAGCCACAGCAAAGCCUCCUUAAAGCACUAGGUCUCCAGUUCCCAGCUUGUUGCCAUCAUUCAUAAGUCUCUAGCCAAGGGAACAGCAGUGUCUGGUCCGAGCAGUCUGUAGUACUCGCUUACCAGGAUAGCCAGUUGGGUAUGCAGUCUCGUGUCUCCUUGAAGGGUCAUAAGACCCCUGUUAUAAUUCUCUUCUGGAAAUCCCAGGCUCGGAGGUCUUUGAGUGUCCUGUGAAACACAUAGCCCAGAAUAGCUCCACGGAAGACAAGAGGAGCAGGGUUUGUGUUCUGAUGGGAUUCGUACUAGUUGAGAAGGAGGCUUCUCUGGGUGGAAAUAAGGCUUGACAAACAGUGUUUUGCCCAGGAGCUGGCCCCUUCCUGUCUCUGGAAAUUGCUGCUCAAAAGGGAUGGGAGUGCAAGGAUGAAUGGGAUCAUUCAAGCCAUCUGCACAAGCCCCUCCAUAUGCCGCUUGGCAGGGCUGCCAUUGCAUUCGUGUGAUCAGGACCCGUCAGGGUGGCUGCCUGCGCGUGCAUCCCAGAGGGUGCAAGGUGCUAGUGAACGGCGAGUAAUUGCCUGGUGUGGCUUAGUGUGGGAAUCCUCGGAGAGGCACAAGUUAUGUGGAUGAUUGUUGUUCCUGGCACUGGAAGCCCAAAUUGUGGAAGGGCAAAGGUCGGUAGGACCUUCACUGUGCAUCUGCUCCUGGGAAUGGGUGUUAUCUUAAAAUGUGACUCCUGUACCCCAAUUCUAAAGUCUGAGUCAGGAAGCCCGCAUUUUUUUCCUGUUUGAAAAUGCAUUUCCAGCAUUUUAAUGGAAAUCAGUGAGAAAAAGUAGGAUUUGCUGUUUCUAGAGUAUGCACUAAAGAAGUCAGUGGCAGUGGCUCUUGUCCGUGGUCCGAGGCCCUCUUUCUUUCCUUGAUGCCCCUCUCUGCUUCAUUGUUGCCUUGUUGUCCCUUUGCAGCCAGCUCUAUACUGACGCACUGGACACUUAUUCAGUGGUAGAUGGUCAAGGAGUCUCAGCCUUGGAUCUGCUGACAAACCAGGCCAGCUCAGUCUUUGCCCAGGGGCAUCUUGUAUACUGCAUGUCACAGGCUCCUCCCUCCACCUGCUUCAUGCCAGUGGCUCUUUGCCCAGUCAUGAUAACCCAAAAUGACCCCCAACCUUGCCGAAUGUCCCCUCGCGGAGCAGCAUGUGUCUAGCUGGUAGCACAAAAGAAUGGGAUUGAUGGUCUUGGGCUAGGAGAAGGGGCAGCUGAGAAUAUGAAACUAGAGAAGAGAAACAAGGACUUUUUAAAGGUAGGUGUCCAGGCAAGUAGAAGCAUUUCCCUACUUGCCUUCCCCUGACCCCAGGGACAUCUGGAAUGGCAGCUCCUUCGGCCUGGCCUGGCCUCGCCAACAGCUCUGGUGAACCCCACGAGAGACAGUGGGGCGCGUCUAGUGUAUCUUGCGUUUGUUUAGGAGAGAGUUAGAUUUGAAUAAGAAGAAUGGAGGUGGCUGGACCCCGCUGAUGUAUGCCUCCUACAUUGGACACGAUACCAUCGUGCACCUGCUGCUCGAGGCAGGGGUGAGCUACGAGGGGGCAAAGGCCCAGCAACCCGAGGGGCUCCCUGGCCGCCCUGACAAGACGUGAGGCGCUGCAGGCCGGCAAGGAGCAGAGCUCGAGAUGAAAGACAUUCAAGGGUGGACUGCCCUCUUCCACUGCACCAGUGCCGGGCACCAGCAGAUGGUCAAAUUCCUCCUGGACAGUGGGGCGAAUGCCAAUGUGAGGGAGCCCGUAUAUGGAUUUACUCCUUUGAUGGAAGCCGCUGCUGCUGGCCAUGAGAUAAUCGUGCAGUAUUUUCUGAAUCAUGGAGUCGAAGUAGACACAAGAGACCACAGUGGAGCCACAGCCAGGAUGCUGGCCAAGCAGUACGGACACAUGAAGAUUGUGGCAUUGAUAGACAGUCACUCACCUGCUCUGCCCAAGAACCUCUACCGGAGUCCAGAAAAAUAUGAAGAUCUCAGCUCUUCGGAUGAAUCCUACCCUGUUGCUCAGAGGCAUAGGCCUUGUCGGAAGAAGGGCCUCAGCAUUCAUGAGGGGCCAAGAGCCUUGGCCAGGAUCACAGCCAUUGGGCUUGGAGGCCAGACCCCACGGCCCCGCUAUGAACAGGUGCCUCCACGGGACUACGUGACCUUCACCAGCAGUGAUGAGAACGCUCUAGGAGGCAAAGGCCUCUGCUACCGGGAUGUCACCUCCCCCAUCAAUGAGCAAGACGUGGAGAGCAGCAGCAGCAGCAGCCGGGAGGAGCCCGCUUUCUGUGCCAGCUUUGGGGUCAUGCGGAGCAGCAGCAUCGAGGGCCUGGCGAGGGCCCAGGGGCUCAGCAGCGAAGCCUCCUUGGAGAGCAAUGAGGACUCGGAUCACGUUCGCAAAAGCUCCGUUCGCAAACAAACCAAAAGUUACCUGAAGACCAAGAGUCGUCACAGCAACAGUGACAGCCAGUGGCCUCCAAGCAUGACUUCUAGGACAGCCUGUUCUCCAGCAUCUGUCCCUCAUGCAGAGCUGUCCCCCUAUUCUGGACCCCAGGACCUUGCCACCCUGCUGGAGCAAAUCGGGUGUCUCAAGUACUUGCAGGUGUUUGAGGAGCAGGACGUGGACCUCCGCAUCUUUCUGACCCUCACUGAGAGUGACCUGAAGGAAAUCGGCAUCACGUUGUUUGGGCCCAAAAGGAAGAUGACCUCAGCCAUUGCGCGCUGGCACAGUAGUGCCCGCCCCCCCAGUGACGCACUGGAGCUGGCCUAUGCCGACCGGCUGGAGGCUGAGAUGCAGGAACUCGCCAUCCAGCUGCACAAACGCUGUGAGGAGGUGGAGGCCAUGCGUGGCCAGGUGUCCCAGGAGCAGGAGCUGCGGGCUGUGGUGGAGAGCUGCCUGCUGGAACAGGAUGGAGCACGCAAGGCCGUGCACACCCAGCUGCAGGAGACCUGGGCCCUGGCCCAGGACGCUGCUCUCAUCUUGGAGCAGCUUCGAGCCUGUCAAACUGAGCUGUCCGUCCGCAUGAGGCAGGACCAGUCUCCCAGCACAGCUGCUGUGGGCCCAGCUCUACUCCCAGCAGACUCCAAAAGCUGGCAUACGUCCCUGCAGGCCAUGAGCCUCCUGGAGCUGUCUGGAGUCCUGGAAGUCCGAGUCCAUGAGAUGGAGCAAGCACUGUGCUCAGUGACCCAGAGCCUGGAGAAGCUGCAGGUGCUAAAUGGGAAGAAGUGGCGGGAGUCCUAGCCAGGAGGCACGAAUUUGACGUUGGGUGAUCGAUCCACCCUGAAGUUACAUGCCAGGAAGACAAGGGCAGUGAGCAGGCAGCUGCCACAGCCCAGGCCCCAGAUGGGGCUAAGGAUCAGGCCCCCAGGGAGCAGCCUGCAGAGAGGUAGUCACAGGGACUGGCCCCUGCCAGGGCAGUAAAGUCAGCAGUGGAACAGGAUGUAGGCCUGAUGGUUAAGAUCCUGAGCUUGGGGAAUGCUUGAGCCACAGGUUGUGGGGAAUAUGUGUACGUCCCCCUAAAUGCUGGUACCACACUUAAGUUUGACGUACAGGGGAGGACAGGGCAACUUAGAAAAUGUGCCAUUGGUUUGGAAAAUAAAAUUUAACAUCAGCA